CUUAGAGCAAACAGCGCUCAGACAGACACUCACACGCAGACUGACACAGACAGAGACAGAGACAGAGAUAGAGACAGAGAGGAGCAGCGCACAGGUUUGAUCUCCUCUCCAUCAUGGAUCCUCCUCGGGCUCGUGCACUCCUAUCCGCGGGAUAAACUUUGGACUUACUCUCAUAUCAUGGGAAUAUACUGUCUCCGUGGAUCUAUACUGUCUUGAUGGAAAGCAUGUCACCGCAGCAGGGGACGAUGGGACAGAAGAGGUCCGACUCUCUGACGGGAGACAGCAAAGCGCUCCCCGACAACAAAAAGAAGAUGAAGACCCUGGCCCAGAGGCGACAGUCAGCUCCCUCACUGGUCAUCAGCAAAGCACUUACCAGAUCCAGAAGCACAUCCAGGGAAAGUUGUCUGACGCCGGUCAGCCCAGAGUCGUGUUCCCUGGUUCAGGCUUUCCUGGCCGAGUGUCUGGGCCGCAUAUUCCUGGGACACGCCCAAACGCAGCUAAAGACGGGUCUGCAGACCCAGGAGAGACAUCUCUUCCUCUUCACCGACACACUGCUCAUCGCCAAAGCCAAGUCUCCAACCCAUUUCAAGGUGAAGUCCCAAGUCCGAGUAUGUGAAAUGUGGACUGCCAGCUGCAUGGACGAAGUGUGUGAAGGAAGCACCAACAGAGAGAGAAGCUUCGUCAUGGGCUGGCCGACCUGCAACUAUGUGGCUACCUUCAGCUCGGAGGAAUACAAGGACAAAUGGCUGGUGCUCAUCAAGAGUCGGAUAGUUGAUGGAAAAGAGAAGGACGACCCUAAGACCAUCCCUCUGAAGAUCUUUGCAAAGGAUAUUGGAAACUGUGCAUAUGCCAAGACUCUUGCGGUCAGCAACACUGACACCACCACUGAUGUCAUCCGCAUGGCUCUGCUGCAGUUUGGAAUAUCAGGCUGCGUUAAAGACCACCGGCUGUGGGUGAGCUCCUGUAAGGAUGAGCCCCCGUACCCUCUCAUUGGCCACGAGUUUCCCUUCAGCAUCAAGAUGAGCCACAUACGGGACGGUGGGAGCAGCAGUAACGGAGGUGGACUUGGAGGAGGACCUGGGAGGGAUCCAAUGAGUCCCACCGACUGUCCCGGGGUGCAUCUGCUGGACCAGUGUCUCCCCCCAGACACCCAGUGCCAGUUCAUCCUCAAACCAAACAAGGUGGUCCAGGGACAUGCUCAACUUUUAGAGCCCGGUCAGCAGAAGUCCUUCAAGAGAAAGAGGUCUCUGAUCAACUGGCCCUUCUGGAAAGGCUCCAACACCCAGCUGGACGGCAUGCCCCUGUCCCCGACCUCGCUCUCCCCCACUCAGGGACGGCUGUUCGGGCGACCCCUGAGCUCCGUCUCCUCUGAAGAGCACGGCCUGCCCAAGCCUGUCAUGGAUAUGUUGGUGUUCCUGUACCUGGAGGGGCCGUACACCAGGGGCGUCUUCAGGCGCUCAGCCGGGGCCAAAGCCUGCCGGGAGCUUCGGGAAAGACUGGACAGUGGGACAGAGGACCCUGAGAUCACACACCAGUCUGUGUUCGUUAUUGCUGCUGUCCUCAAGGAUUUCCUGCGUAAUAUACCGGGCAGCAUCCUGUGUGCGGAUCUGUACGACCAGUGGAUGGAUGUGAUGGAAGGAGAGGGAGGGGAGGAGAGGACGCAAGCUGUCCAGAGGCUGCUCCACCUCCUCCCCACUGAGAACCUGCUUCUGCUGCGUCAUGUAAUGGCUGUGCUGCACUGUAUCCAAGGCAACGCCCACGACAACCAGAUGAACGCCUUCAACCUGUCCGUCUGCAUCGCUCCCAGCAUGCUUUGGGCUCCAGCACCCACCACCCCCGAGAUGGAGGGGGAGGGCACCAAAAAGGUGUGUGAGCUCUUACACUUCCUCAUCGAGAAGUGCAGCAGCGUCCUGGGAGAAGACGUCACCUCACUGUUCAGGAGCUUCAGCCAGAAGAGCAGCAGCAGUGACCACGGAUCAGAUGUGUCGUCCUUCCAGAUGAACGACUCGUCCUACGACAGUCUGGAGAACGAGCUGAACGACGACCCGGAGUCCCCCUACCAGGAGCAGCUCCCCCUCCGGGACAAAGACAAGCCGGACAGCCGCAGCCGUGACUCCGUGAUCACCCUCAGCGACUGUGACCCCGACCCGGACCCCGACUCCGACCUGCUGCUGCAGCUGCCCCCGCUGUCCAGACCUCGGCGGUUCAGCCCAGCAGUCCGACAGCCCCGCACACGCCAAGUCAACGGCCAAUCACAGUGUCCCAGGAGGCUGAGGAGGAGUUCAGAGCCUGCCUUAGCUGUUGCGAAUACAGCACUGUCGGGUGCAGCGAUUGUCCACGUGGAUGCCAACCACCUUCCUCUGAGGAAGGCGAGCUAUGAUGCCGCAAUGGAUGGGGAGGCCGACGAGGUGUUUAUGGAGCAGGGACUCAGCGGGCUGCAGCUGAAGGAGGAGGAAGAACUGAGACGCGAGAAGGGAGGAGUCAAAGUUCUGAAUGGUGGACGGAGGAAGUCGAAGAAUGCCCCGCCACCUCCGUUACGCUUGGAUGCCAGCUGUUCCAGUCUCUCCUCCCCAGCAACCUCACCGACAGGCUCCUCCCUCAGCUCUUUGGACUCCGCCUUCUCUCAGUACUCGACAGACUACACCACCAAUGGGGUGAGUCCAUUGAUUGAGCCUGCUCCACUCUCUCCUCUCUUCCCUGGACGACCCCAGGUGUCACUCAGGGCCUCGCCGCCUCAGAGAGAAGUACCGUCUCAUUUGGCGCCGCCCAACCCGCCCCCUCGGAUCAGUCAACAGCCCCAGAACUCUCACGGGCUCCAUCCAAACACAUGGCUGAAAAAGGAUCGUCGCCUGUCUCUUAGGCAGCCUGAAAAUGGACACACAGAGGAGGAAUUGCCUGUCCUUAAUGGUAAAACUCACCCAACGUGUAACGGCAUCUCCACAAGUGCACAGGUCGCCAUGACGACAAACCAACGCAGAUCCAGCAGCCCUCCAUCCUAUCAGCAGGCUAUGCUGCAACUGCAGCGCACUCGCUCACCUUUCUACAGGGGGACGGAGAAACCUUUGACGGUCAGAGAGCUGAGGCAGCUCCACGACCAGACCCCUGCCAUCAGACCGCCAAACACCACCUCUUCUAACGCCUCAACACCACAAACAGGAAGUGAGGUCACACAGAGGCUGGCGAGUAACGAGUCCCUGCAGCCCCCACAGGGUGUUUUCUAUGGACAGAGCGACACCACCCUGGUCCUCCAGAGGCAAAUGUUGCAUUCUCUGACUCAGACCCAGGAGGGUCAAAAAGGGAGGAGGACACUUCCCCUCCCCCGCAGAGCAUCCGAACCCGCUAAGGUCACAGUGAACUGUCACCCUUCUUCCAGCCUCACCCUGGACAGGCCUCGCACUUCUAAAAGUCAGACCCAAAACGGCGGCCUGGUGAUGUCAGAGAGUGAGCCCAACCAUGCAGAGUCACGCUAUUGCCUGUCUCCAUCUGCUACACGGGCUGUGCAGGACUACUUUUCCUCCCAGGGUCAGGAGGAUGCAGACGCCUGCUUGAGGAGGAGUCAGGAGGUGGCGCUGGCCAUAGUGCAGGGGAAGAGGGAGUGGCAGAGCAGGAGGUGCAGCGACCCUCGAGUGGAUGAAUUUGAACAGCUUUUUUUUGCAGAAGAGUCAUACGUGUAAAUAAGAACUUUGUACAGACAAUCUGUGUAUAAGAGACUUUUAAUUCUGAUAUGUGCGUAAAAAUUGUCUUUAUUGUUGAUGUGAUAACACUCCGCCAAAUACACCUUUCCCCCGUAGUCAGCCCAAAACAGAAAAAGUGUUGCAGUUCAUACAUAUGGUACAUCCACGGUUAAGACUUUAAAAGGUACAAGUGAGGAUAGUAAUUAUACAAAAUAUACAACAAAGGAAGAUUUAAGAAGUGCUUCCUGGUAUUUGACAGAGAUGAUGCUUUGUUGCUCUGCAGUUAAGAUUCAUAAAAAGUUCUUUAUUCAUACCUGAGUCGUUAAAAUCAUACAGAAAUGACUGAAAGUUUAAAUAUGACAGCUGGAUCGCUAAACCGUCAUUUGAAGCUGAACAGUCCAGCGUUACUGCUCUUUUUCUAAAAAAUUUGUUCUGAAAAUAUUUGAAUUUGUUAUGCCUUAAGAAAGUGUUAUUGCUUUUUCAGUGAAUAAAAAAGGAAGAAGGAGCUCUUUCAAAAUGAAAAAGAACGGACAAAUCAGCUCCUUUUUCUUCUAUUAAGGCAAAAUAAAUUAAAUUAAUUCUGUCGUGGUUCAUGGCCAAGAGACUUAUUGUCGUCAGUUUUUAUCAGCAAAACAUGAAACUUAUUUGAAAUUCGAUUAAUUCAGGAUGAAAAUGAAGACUUUUCUGUACAUAUCCCAGUUCUUUCUCCGCAAAUAAUAAAGCAUCAAGGUCACAAUCUCAUCAUUGGAUACAAAUGUUGGCGCUAGGUGCUUACUAUCGCUGCUGUCUGUAGCUUUAACGACAACAAUAUGGUCACGAUAAUUCUAUGACUUCAUAUGAAUACAGUGAACACACUUUCUCUGGAGUGCCAAAGGCGAAAAGUGUUAGGACGGAUGCCACCGCUGUACAUACUUGUAACAUCUUGGACUAUUUUAACAGCAUUUAUAUCUUUUGUGAAAAAUGUUGUCUGUAAAGUGAAACAAGUUUUUUGUCCAGAGCGAGUGAAGUGUUUGUAUGUCUGAUAUGGUGAUACAUCAGGGCUGGUAUUUAUUCAUAUGAGCGGCGUUUCUAGACACACAGCACACAGUGUUGUUGUGUAGCUCUGGUUUAAAUCUCUGUGACCGGGGGAGGGGGGAGGGGGAGGAAACUGUCCAUGUAUGUUUGUGUGGAAUCAAAAGUAUGAUGUGAUCUUUGACAGCGUGUCCUAAGCAGGAAUGUGAGAAAACUUGUGCCAUUGAGGGAGAAAUCUCCUUUAUUCUUGCUUUUAUAGCACUUCAUUAGUCUCACAGAGAAACUAAUUCAGUCUUUAAAGAAAGACAAGGACACAGCCUGUUGUGUGUUGGUGAGUUCAGCUGAGUUGUAUGAACUAUUGAAAAACUGUUUUAUGUCCUCACUCCUCAUUUCACCAUACUCACUCAGCGUUUUGCUCUAACAAUUUGCUCAGUGGCAGAAGCUCAAAUGCUGUCGUAAAACAAGGUUGUACCUCUUUGUGUCCCAGGUUGCAAAUCAGGAAAAUGUAGGGAACAUGACAAAUCAUUAUUAUUGAUGAAUCACUUUUUGUGAAAAAAAAAAAAAAAAAAGAACUCGAGAGGCAAAGGGUUAAAUGAAAAUAUUUGAUAAACAAAUGUGAAUCCACAAGGUAGCCUACCGACACGACAGCUAACAAUAGCAUUCAAGAAAUUCUGAUCAUAACAUUGCUGUUAGCUAGCAUUAACACGAUGUUAGCUAGUUAGUGGCGUAAUGCUAAUGUUAGCUGUUGUCUAAUGAAGGCACUCAACUAUUAUGUCUCUUACAUUGCUGUUAUUUUGCUUACAUUAACAAUAUCACUACGUGAUUAAUGCUAAUAAUGCUUUUUAACUUUAGCUAGCUAACAUCAGUGUUCGGUAGUUAUUUUACUCUUUCCCCCUAUAUUGUCGUACGGCCUUAUCACACAUAGACGUGUCGCUCUUAUGGUACAGCACGCUUGCCUUGCGCUCUUCUGCUGAACAAGGCGUUUUUCUAGUGGUUUUUUGGGCAUGCAUAAAUUGUUAUUUAUUUUUUUUAAACUUUGCAGUUCAAGGCCCGGAGUCGCGGCGCUCGUCCAUGUCACUGGCCGAAGCAGCCAGUCAACUAAAGUAGUAGGCUUUAAAUAUAUGAUUGAAUUAUGAUAUUUGUUACGUUUAUCUGAUUUACAACCUGGAGCACAACAAUAUAAACUCUUUUUAGCUUCCCACCCUGAGUGUGAUGUCAGAGAAAAAUGGCUGCUGUAUGAAUGAGGUGAAUUAUGAUUUUAGUUUCAGUGCUGCUGCUAAAACAACGCUGAACUCUAGGUGACACUUAACACUAAAUGAUCUUAUUUCAGCAUGCAAGAAUUUACUUAAAAGUAGAAAUUAAAUCUAUAAAGAUAAUGUAUUGUAAGCAAAAUAUAACUUUUCACAAGUAUUAACAGUGUUAUUAUGAAAUGAACAUUGAUUAAACACGCUGGAAUAAGACCUUAGUGGUGUUAAGUGUUCCCAUUUAAAAUGUCUCUAAAGUACUUUGUCCUGUAUUAUAAAUAUUAUAAAUGUUAUCUCGAGUACAGAUAAUGAAUCUGUGUUCAACUUGUAUAGUUCUGCAUAUUUAUGAUACAGAAAUAUCUAAUUAUAUAUAAAUAUAUUAUCGUUACUUUGGUAUGUUGUGUGACAAAAUCAAAUGUGUAUUUUUGUACAUGCCAAUUCUGCUGCUGCUGUCUCUAUAGAAAGUAUAUUUGCUACGAAACGCAACAUCUGUAUAUUGUGUACAUCUGAUGUCCAAUGCUCACGAGAAACAAAACUCUCAUUGAUUUUAAUAAAUGUUGCUCAUGUGAAAGUGAAGUGCAAA